UCUUAGCCUAGAUAGGACUGAGGGGGCGGGGACUAGAGUCUGCACUCUCGAGGGCGCUGAGGGGGAGGGGAUUGAAUGGCUCCAGAACUGAGCCGCUGCCGACUGCGAGGAGCAGGUUGGGAACCCCGCGCACUUGUUUCAGUCCUUAAGGAGCCGCAUAGAAUGUGGCACGAGGCAACUCAAUGUUUGAUUCCCGGAUUUGAUCCUGACAGUGGAAACUUCUGUUGCACUUCUGCAGCAUGAGAGCCAGACCUGGAUGGGAGGAGGAGCAUAAUUCCCGACAUAGAUCUGCCAAGAAGGACAAGUCUCCCAGCUCCUGAUCUAAAAUAAACAAGGGGAAGACAAAAGGAGGACAGGAGUGAAAGACAAGUACAGCAGAGUGAAUAGAAAGUUCUCUCCUGGGUCACCAUUCCUUGAACAUCUGAAGGUGGUGGAACUACAAAGGGGGCUUUCUUUGCCAAUUUUAACAUCAAGGACGGUCUGUACGAUAUACUGAAUCAUGCCGUUAGUCAAAAGGAAUAUUGAACCUCGGCAUCUUUGCAGAGGAGCUCUGCCUGAGGGAAUUACUAGUGAAUUAGAAUGUGUAACCAAUAGUACUCUUGCUGCUAUUAUACGCCAACUAAGCAGCCUAAGCAAGCAUGCUGAAGACAUAUUUGGUGAGCUGUUUAAUGAGGCCAACAACUUCUACAUCAGGGCAAAUUCUCUACAAGACAGAAUUGACUGCCUUGCUGUCAAAGUUACCCAGCUGGAUUCAACUGUGGAAGAAGUGUCAUUACAGGAUAUCAGCAUGAAAAAAGCAUUCAAAAGUUCUACAAUACAGGAUCAGCAGGUGGUUUCAAAGAGCAGCAUCCCCAAUCCUGUAGCUGAUAUUUAUAAUCAGAGUGACAAACCACCUCCACUGAAUAUUCUUACUUCAUAUAGAGAUGAUAAAAAGGAUGGGUUAAAGUUCUAUACUGAUCCCUCUUACUUCUUUGACCUUUGGAAAGAAAAAAUGUUGCAAGAUACAGAAGACAAACGAAAAGAGAAGAGAAGACAAAAGGAGCAAAAGCGUAUAGAUGGCACAACUCGUGAGGUGAAAAAGGUUAGAAAAGCAAGGAACAGGCGCCAGGAGUGGAAUAUGAUGGCAUAUGACAAAGAGCUUAGACCAGACAACAGGUUGUCUCAAAAUAUAUACCAUGGAGCAUCAUCCGAGGGAUCUCUGUCCCCUGAUACUAGGUCUCAUGCCUCAGAUGUUACCAGCUACUCAUAUCCUGCUACUCCAAAUCAUUCCCUCCAUCACCAGCCAGUGAUGCCUUCAUAUGGAGCAGGAGAUGGAGCUCAGUAUGUGCUUGCAAACCAGGGCCUUGAACAAGAAUAUAGGUCACCUUCUACAACACUGCGACAUGCUACCUUAAAUAGACCUCAACAACCACCUCCACCCCCACCCCAAGCCUUAGAUGGCUCCCUAGGCACUGUGUCACUGGUACCAGCAGAUUAUGGGAUGCUUGCAGCUCAGAUGGUGGAUUAUUACAAUCCUUCAGGACCCCCGCCGCCUCCCCCUCCACCCAUGAUUCCUUCUGCACAGACCGCUUUUGUUAGUCCUCUCCAAAUCCCUGUGCUCCCUUCCCAUCCUGGACUAGUGACGGGAUCUGUGUAUGUUGCUGCUCUUCAUCCUCCUCCUACUGGGCUUGCUGUUACAGCUCCCCCUCCUCCAGGCCCGCCUCCUCCUCCUCCAGGCCCUCCUGCUGCAGGAUCCUCUCUCUCAUCCUCUCCAAUGCAUGGGCCUGCAGUGGCUGAGGCAAAACGGCAUGAGCCCACACAGUCUCCUGUCAAUGGUGCUCGAAGUGAUCUUCUGGCUGCUAUUCGGAUGGGAAUCCAGCUGAAAAAAGUACAAGAGCAGCGUGAACAAGAAGCUAAGCAUGAGCCUGUUGGAAAUGAUGUGGCCACAAUUCUUUCUAGGCGCAUUGCUGUGGAGUACAGUGAUUCAGAAGAUGAUUCGGAAUGUGAUGAGAAUGACUGGUCAGACUGAAAACUGGAGAACCAAAGCAUUCUAUUAAUUUCUUAAGGAAAUUAUUUAUGCCAUGUGGGCACUGAUGUUUGCUUAAACAAGUUCAUGAUAUUCAGGAUGCUGUCAUUUAGCAAAUUUGGUCAGAAUGUUAUGAUUAUACAAAUCUAGAACUGUUUUAUUUUCAGUAUUUGCUGCAUAAUAUAUAAAUGCCACUGAAUAUAGCAAAUUGCAGAGAGAAAUCAUUGUUUUGAUCAUGAACUUAUAUUGUAUAUAUUGUUUGAAUAUUAUAAACAAUUUCCUUUGGUAUUUUGAAAUCUUUCUAAGCUGUUGCUAAAGGUUAAUUGUAUUACAUGGCAUAGCAAUAUUCUCAGACCUCAAAACAUCACUAAUUUGCAUUUUUUGGUCUAUGUUCUCUGAGAAUACCUAAAGCUGGCAGCAGUUAAACAUAUUUUGCUUAUUUUUAAGUCCUGUAUGUUGGGAGAUUAUUUUACCAUCAUAGCUGCACUUUAAAAUAAUCAGGGGGUUAGAGUCAUACAGACAGUAUCUGAGGAAUUGGGUGACAUCAGCUUAAAUGCUGGGAUGUUGAAUUUUUUUCUGUUAUCUGAAUUUUUUUGAGUUUUCAUCAUCAUUUUAAAAAAUCUAAUUUAUACCAGGCACACUCAAGUGUAUGGUUAAAUGGAUCCUAAAAUGGCAACCAUAUUUUUCUUAGGAAUAGCUGAGCUCAGAAAGUAAGAUCAGUUGUGUACCACGUUCAUCCUACAUGCAGCUUAUGAGUGACUGGAACAUUUUCUUUAUAGUUGCAACACCCAAAUAAACCUCAAAUAUUAAACAAUCUCAGCUCAAGUUGAUAUAAAUAAUUCUUUUACCUCUCAUGUAUUGUUUAAAAUGUUGUAUAUAUUACAUGUAGGUAGGCAUGUAGUCCCUUUGUCAACUUAAGGGGACACUUGUGUCAUAUUUGACACAAUAUGGGUUCCU